GAUAGACAGUGAGGCAGAGAGGCUUUGCUGAACAGACGCUGGGUCAGAGCGCUCAGUUGCUUCAGACAAUCACGGGGGAGCGAGAGAAAGACACAGGAAAAGAGACACACACAUACACACACACACACACACACACACACACACACACACACACACACACACACACACACACACACACACACACACACACAGAGAGAGAGAUAGAUAGAGAACACACAGAAAGAUAGACUGAAAAGACAGAAAGGGAGGGAGAGACAGGGGAGAGUGGUAAAUAUGUGACAGGAUGUGGUUUCCCUGAGCUUGCAGAACAUCGGUAUACAGGCAUACUUUGAGCAUGACCUAAACACACCAAGUGUACAAGUGUGUUUGAGCUCCGUUAGGUGGCGAGGGUGGAAGACGAAGCAAACCGCUGGAGCUGGAGCUGGAGCUGGAGCUGCUGCUGCUGCUGUUGCUGUUGCUGCUGCUGAGCCUGUAGAGCCAACAGACGCUCUGGUGUCUCUGCUGCCUGUUUGCCAGAGGGAUUGUGUUUCCUUUCAGCCGGCCAACUCCACGGCAACCUCAAUCAGCUUGUCGUACAGGAUCUGAACCCGUCCUCCAUCCUCUCUUUGUGCUGGUCUCCUUCCAAGUAGAAUGCGUUUCUAUGCUGGAAGCUCUGGUCCAGUUGCUGCCUUCGCAUCCACGCAGUGAACUUUUCAACUAGAUUCAGAGAGAGGGUCCGUGCAAUAACUGAGGAGCCAUGGGUUGCGGCCUGCGUAAGAUGAAGCCGAUGGCGGAGGAGAGUAGUCCGGGUAAGAUUUACUCCACCCUGAAGAGACCGCAGGUGGAGACCAAGGUGGGCGUGGCCUACACCUACCGCUACCUGGACUUCCUGAUUGGCAAAGAUGGUGGGACGUCCACACUGCAUCUCUCGUCUGUGCGGGAGCUGCCAGACCAGCUGCAGGAGCUUUACCAGCAGGGCUUCGUUCUGGCAGCCGUUCACCCGUUCAUCCAUCCCUGUGGUCCGGAGUCCAACAGUUUACCACACCAGCUCUACCGGGCCAUACUGGUCCGACUCUGCGACGGGGUGGAAAGGAGCCAGCCGGUUUGCCCACCUUACAAACUACAGCUGGAAGAGUGUCUGUCUGCUGAGCAGGUGCCCACCCCGGAGCUCAUCCAGGGCUACGUCAAGAAGCAGAUCCAGGAUGCUGCCGACCAGGGGGUGAUGUUCAUAGGAUUUGUCCAGGAACCAUAUGGGGCACCGUGCACCAGGAUCAGAGAACCAGACACCCCCUCCCUCUCCCUGCACUCAAGCCCCAGCUCUGUGCUUGGUUCCCUGGGCAGCCGCAGCCCCUCGAACCCCUCAAGCCCCAAGAGCCAAGCAGUACCUGCAGCUCAAGAGGAUGCAGCGGACAAAGAAGGGAAUGAGGAUGCCUCGUGUAAGGCAGGGGAAGAAGCACUGGGUGAGGAGAAGAAUGCAAGUGAGAACACUGGGAAUAAUUCAGGGAGUGGGAUGGAGGGCAGACAGGUCGAGGCCUCGCCCGCAGCGUCUCCAAUAUCAGAGGGAGAUCUGGAGCGGAGUGAGGAGCUGACUGAGGAGGAGUCACCGUGUCACAAUAACAACAAAGACAGUGGCACAGAGACAAAGGAGAGGCCGAGAUACCGCCAGCGGAGAGGCGAUGGGGUGGAACUGCUCGCUUUGUACAACCACCCGCCGGUCCGAGAGGGGCAGGUGAAGUACUACACCGUCAAGGUGCCACUGCGGGUCCAGAACUGUGACGAGGGGGUGAAAGGAGUGGAGGCCAACUGGCUGGAUCACAUGACGCAGCACUUCAACAACGGAGCCUCACUGGUCGACGGUUAUUUCCACCUGGGCAACGUAAAUGAUUUGCUGCCUAAGUCGGUGGAAAGUGUCUUCAUCUUCCAGGAGGCAAACGAAAGCGAGCCGAAUCUGGCCACCCCGAUAUACGACGCCAUCGUGGUGGAGCAGUGGACCGUGAUUGAUGGUUUGCAGGUGAAAGCUGAUUAUGUUCCUCUACUGCAGUCCCUGGCCACGUAUGGCUGGAGGCUCACCUGUGUGCUGCCAACUCCUGUAAUCAAGACUAACAGCGAUGGAAGUCUGUCCACCAAACAGAUUGUUUUCCUACAGAGACCAGUCUUGGGCCGAAAGAGGAGGGAAUCCAAGAAAUUGAUCUUCAAACCCCGAAGCAAGUCCAACAAGAACUGCAUCAAAGACACAGCAAAGAACAAGAAGAAAAAGAAAACAAAGAACGAGAAGGAUGCAGAAGAUCCCAAGAUUCCUGAUGAGAGAGAAAAGGUUGAGAAGGAGGAAGACAAGAGCAGCAAUGAAAGGGUGAACACAGAAGAGGCAGCGAGAGAAAGUGAGACAUCGAAAGAAAGGGAGGCGAGUUGUGAGGAAGAUAGAAAGAUUGAUGACGGGGUUGAAAUCAGCGUAGAGGCUGUCGAAAAGAGAGAUGGAGGAGCGGAGACAAAAGACAAAGGAUCAGAAAACGGCACGGAAGAAGAGGGAGAAGAAGAAAAGAUAGAACUGGACCACGAUGGAUCAAAAGAGAACGGAGAGCCUUUGGAAAACGGAGAGGUCCUAGAGGUGACAGAAACCGUUGCGAUUGUCGAAACAAAGAGUGAGACCAAAGACAAGGAGGAAGAGGGCGUAGCAGAAGCUGAAGCUGUAAUCGAGAACGGGGUAGAGACGGAUGAAGAGAAAGAAGAGGGCGAAGAGGAUGUGAUCAAAUGCCAGAUAGAGGAACCAGCGGAGGUCAUCAUGGAGGAUAUCAUGGCAGAUUCACAGGCCACAUCGACUAAUCAAAGCCCAGAAGAGUAGCCAAGAGUAGUCCAAGUCAAAGUUUUUUUUUCCCACCCUACCUCUGAAAUUCCCCAUCUUGAGAACUGGUUCACAGUGUUAUCCCUGAUCCACAUUAAUGGGGCUUUGAUCCCCAUCGCUGCAGCGUUCCCCAAACCCCUGUGACCUGUGUAGCUACGGAACAAUUUCAUGUAACAGCGGACAUCAGUCCUACUGUAUAACCACACAUACUGAAUGUAUAUAUCCAAUAUAGGAGAUGCUGGUGCAGGAGUCACUGGAACAGGGACGUGAACGCCUAGAAUGAUGCCAUGGUUACAAAGGGCUCAUUUUUCUUUUACUUUACUUAGAAGAAUGAGCAACAGUUUUAAAGGCUUGGUUACGCCAGCGAAAUAAAUCUGCAAGAAUUCUUUGUGUCGAGUCGGCACACAAAGUUACACAAAAUCGAGCCAUCUUGACUGCUGACCUUUCAAAGGAACAGCGAACCAAAUAGUCCAAAGUGGAGAAGCUCUCAUAGCUUAUUAGCUGUGUCGCCUUUAUUUGAACUCCUCCAUCGGAGUAUGAACAACUCCACAAAACAGCUUUGAGGCAGGAGUCGAUGGUACAGAUGAAUCUUUAGAAUAAAUCAUGGGAAACUUAUUUCUCUGUUAGCAACUAAUAACACUUUAUUGAAUUCUGAGAACAAUUUCCAGGAUAGGGGUAAACAACCGGAGUAAAUGAAAAAAGCUCAGGCAUCCCUUGUGACUGACUACUGCUAGCGUGUUAAAAGUUAAUCACCAUUAAUUCACAAAAUACCCUUGCAGGUAAUCAGAACCACAAACAAUAUUUUCACUGUGCCACUCUCUGGUGCAACCAAGCCUUAAAGAGGACGAGUAGCGUUACAUCUCCUGUCCAAUUAGGGUUAAUUAACCAGUGACAUUUUUUAGAAUAAACGAUGUGGAUCGAAGAAAAAUCUCUUCUUGCUUUUGAAGAAAAAUUUGAGCAACCCCCCUCAAAAAAUAAGUCCUACAGAAAGAGAGAGAACAGACCAUGGUGAGCUUUUCUUGUCUUGUUCCAGAGACGCAGAUAACACCUGUUACAAGAGGUACUUUCACCUGGCAGUUGAGCAGUUUAAGCCGCUCUUUUUUAGUUUUUGAAGCUGAGGAAAAAGUCAGCUCCAAAAUCCAGAGUUUUAAAAAGACACUGACCUGCCUCAUUCACACAACUGGCGAUUUUAAAGGCAGAAAAGCGUCAUGUGAUCACAGACUUGUAUCACCAUUUCCUGUUCCUUCGUUCUGUGCACCAUAGAAAGUCGUGAUGGGAACUCGGAUGAGAACACUGGUAGAGGUGAUGGGAAAGGCGUUUGUUGCGACAGGCAAUCCAAAGUAGGGUGAAGAGAUAAUUGUUUACGCUGAGCUCUAAGCCGUCAAGUGCUUCAAAGAGAGCCGAUAAUCACUCUUUGGUGUGGUGUGCUAAGCUCACCUUGCAUACAGAAUGUUCCAUAUUCAAAGCCAAGUUAGAUAAGGAUGUGAAAUUCAGCUGAAUGUUUGCAGCUCAAGGACAAAAUUCAUACUUAGACACACUUCGUUAGGUUUUACAUAUACGAGUGAGGAUUUAUUUCUGUUCAAAGUUGCAUUUUUAAUGACAUUUCCAGUCAGCGGCCACAAACAAAAGCACUUGUCAGAUUGGAAACACGGUUAAGUUGUGUGGCCAGGACCAAGGCUUUGUUGUUUAUUGAGACCAAAACUGAAGAUUGAGAUGGAGACGCUGAGGCAAAGAAAGUAGAUUGAGAGCGAAGGAGAAAGACCAUAGAGCAUAAGGGAGUCAAAUAAAAGAAAUGAAUAGGCUCAUUUAAAGUAACGGCCGCCUGCGUCCCACAUUCCCCGUUGAGAUUUCCUUCAUUAUUUUACCACCAGUUCUUUAAGCACCUCUUACCAGACAUCAUUUCUGACAAUAACCAAGUCAUAAUGUGCUGUUUCAUGGCAUCGUGUUUCCAUUUUAAAAGGGGUGGGUGGGGAGGGAGGGUGGCAAUGUUCACGGCAUAGAGCGCUCAUUAGCUCACUAAUGGAUUUUGUCAGUGGGGUAUCUGUCAGGAAUCAUGCAUUUAUAAUGGUGGUCACUUAUUGGGGGAGUUAUUGACAAAAAAACACCUCAGUGUGUCAAGCAAAUAGCCUUCAGAUUUAACAUUGAUGUCAUGGGGAAUCAUUUGCACUGAGAGGGAAGAGUUCUUGUUAAAAAUGCUAAAUUUUGCAAAGAAAUUAUACACAUACUCCAUCAUAAAAUAUGCCUAUUCAUUAAAAUGUUAACAUUUGGUCAAUCAAUGAAUUAAACUACUUCCUGUCCUGCUUUAUACAGACUGCAAUUUGUCACAAUUUGGUUCUUUUGUUUUUUAUGAGAAUAGAUGAUAGCUUGGUCAAGAAAAAUGUCUCCAUUUUGGGAAUGAGACUCCUCAAUUACACACAAGUAAGAUCGAUUACGCUGAAGUGCUCUCUUUUUGGGGGAUUAAUCCGCCCGCCGCUGAGAUUUUUUUCAAUGUAAAAUGGCAAAUGCUUGUGUGUAGCGUAGAAUAUAAAACUGUGACCAGUUUAGCCUUAUUACUAUACUGUAAAUGGCCCACAGUCUGCUAUUAGAAAUGUCUUUUUAGAGGCACAAUGGUGAUUUAAGUGUUAUAUGUUUGUUAUAGUCAAACAGGAAAGUUUUGCUACAGUCAGUGUUGGUAUUUUGAAGGUGAGUUCAUUGUUCCCUGUUUUAUUACUGGAAUUCAGAAAGAGGGGAUAAAAGUGUUUGUCUUUAUGAAGGUUAUACGUUCUGGAUUUAUUUUUGAGAUGUAACAUGUUUUGAACAUGUUUCUGAUUUUUUUAUUGUGACUGUUCUGUUUUUUUAAGAGACGUAUGAUUUUCCUGUGGAUUUUGUGUUGCCUCUGCUGUUCCGCUUAAGCUUGCUAAAAUGUAUUUCUGACUGACGCUUCGAGCUACCUCCCGAGGACUGUUGUUGGUUUUUAACCGAGGGGUCACCGCAUGUGUGACCCCCUGAAACAUAUGCUCCUUGUCCUCUCGCCCUCCACUAUGACGGAGCCCAGACCUGUGAGUGUCAGGUCAUUGCUAAUGGCAGAUAAGGUCAAGGGUCAUAUUUGAGCCAGAAUGGAUUUUCCACAGCUGUACAACAGGAGUUUGCACGGGCACAUGAAAAAUAACCACUCCGAUAUUGAAUUAAGAUAUGAAGUCAUAUCAUAAUAUUCUCUGUUGUAUUGUCUUUUCCUUUAUUUUUUUACCUUCAUUCUCUCAGCUGCUUUUAGCUUUCGGCUGUUUGAGUUUUAAUAAGCACUUAUUGUAUUCAAGAAAUAUUUUAUGCUGCCUCUCACAUCAUAACUACUGGGGAGCAAAUGACACCCAACUGUCACUUUUACACUUUUUGUUAGAAAAUGACAAAUAUGAAUAAUGAAAGUCGAUACCAAAAGACGGCUAAAAGACAGUCUGUGAUAGCUGAGGAGAUGAUUUUGAAUAUUUGAGAAAUCUCCCAGCUGAAUCCCUGUCAACUUAUUUCGUCAGAUUUAAUCAGUUUCUUCAAUCUCCCCAGUGCACAGAUAAACGUUUUUCCCGUCAUCUGUUUUAUUAAUAUGAAUUUAUUUCAGUAUUCCUGCAAUUCUCCCCCUCCCCUCCCCCCUUUUUUUGUUUUUUAUGUAAAAACUGUGACAUUUAUUCCCCUUUGGCAUCCUGUGAAAACGGGCAGAUCAUAUUCCAUUUUAUCAAGGGCAGCAGAGUUUGGAAAAUCAGUAAAGUAGCGCUGUGGUCUCAUGCGACAUCACUGUGUUUUUUUUACUCCCACCACAUUCCAGUUAGACAUCCACAAACAUGGAUGAUUGUAACCUUGACAUAAGUCACAACUGGCCCUGUAUCCGUCGGUCCUACCUGAGGCCGCGGCCUUCGGGGCUCCAUCUUUCCCCUGAUAAGGGCUGAUUGGUUGCUGUGCAGUCUAACCUCUGACAUGAGUACACUCCAGGGACUGUGGGUAAUUAUGAUUUUUUUUUCCCGUCUGGUAUGAUGUUAAAAAAAAAGAACAAAAACACACGCAGGGAGAGAAAAGCGAGGCACGAUCUGACACUUCAUCAGUUAAAUGAUGCUGAACCAUGUUAACUUAGCCAUCCGUGAAAAGAAGGAGACCUUUGACUAAUGUUAUACUUUAGUAUACAUUUGCAGCCCUCUUCCCAUUUGUGUAUUAAAAAAUAAAUAAAGGUAAUAUACAGUUUCCUGUCUUAUAUCAGCAUAAUUGUUUCUGAGCCUCAAUAGUUACGCUGGUGCAAUCGUUUUUGGUAAUGCUGUAAAAAAAAACAAAAUAAAAAAAAAAAACGUAUUGGUUCAUUUCCUGUGUGCUACUAUGAUGUGAAAUGGGCAGAGUAGAAAUGACAGAACAUGAUACAAUAGGAUGCCGUCAUUUUUUUUUUUUUCUGUGUUGUCACUUUAGCUUGCUCACAGCCUCUGGAAAAUGUAUUCUUAGGUUAUUGUCUCUGAUGUUAGUUUUUUUAUCACCUCGGCUGCCAUCAUGAAUGUUGAGUAUCUUUGAUCAUGUGCUGUUGUCACUUGCAUAGCAGUGUUUGCUAUCGAGGAAGAAAAAGUAUUCUUUAUCUUUGCUAUCCUGAGUAUGUCCACAUUCCUAUUGUUCAUGACAUCUGUACAAUUUGUAUAUUAUAAAAUGA